GUAAGAGACACCGGAUUAAGUCAAAUUCAAAUGUUCCAUGUGUCCCGAAAGACUUGUUGAUGAUGUCAGAAUUAGUUCUUCCACAGUUCAUCUUUAGUCUUAUUCAACACUUGAGAGAGGGGUAUAAUGAGCCUGCUCUUGAUCUGCCAUCAGAGAAAGACCUUCACAAAAUCCUCCAGGUUUUGGAGCCUCAUGUUUCCUUUCUAGAAGACUUGACCAAAAUGGGAGGAGCAAUGCGAUCAGUUCUUACCCAGGUUUUGACUAGCCAACAGUUCUACAAAGAUCUUAGCUCUGGUGUUGGAGAGAAUGCCUGUGCAAAGAAAAGUCAUGAAAAGUACCUCAUUGCUUUGAAAGGCUCUGGACUGGCAUUUCCGGAAGAUAAAAUUGCGUGUGGUAUACAGGAACAAGGAGCUGGAACUAGCACAUUAGCAGUUCAAGGUUUAGCAGGUGCUACGGCAGCAUCAGGACAAGGGGAUUCUUCAGAUGAGGAGGACCAGGAUGGUAGCCAAGGUGUGGGCAAGCGCAAGAGGGUGAAACUAAGCAGCACCACCAAAGAUCAAUCUAUCAUGGAUGUUUUGAAGCAUAAGUGUUUUCUAGAAGAAUUAUUAUUUUGGACAAUAAAAUACGAGUUUCCACAGAAGAUGGUGACUUUCUUACUCAACAUGCUGCCAGAUCAAGAUUAUAAGAUUGCUUUUACAAAAACUUUUGUUCAGCAUUAUGCUUUUAUUAUGAAAACACUGAAGAAAAGCCAUGAAUCGGACACAAUGUCCAAUAGAAUUGUGCAUAUUAGUGUUCAGUUGUUCAGCAAUGAAGAACUAGCACGCCAAGUAACAGAAGAAUGUCAGCUACUGGACAUUAUGGUCACUGUUCUAUUAUAUAUGAUGGAAAGUUGCCUUAUUAAAAGUGAAUUGCAAGAUGAAGAAAAUAGUUUACAUGUUGUGGUGAAUUGUGGAGAAGCACUACUGAAGAAUAAUACUUACUGGCCCCUGGUUAGUGAUUUUAUAAACAUACUUUCACACCAAAGUGUGGCAAAGAAAUUUUUGGAAGAUCAUGGUCUUUUGGUAACAUGGAUGAAUUUUGUAUCAUUCUUUCAAGGUAUGAAUUUAAAUAAACGAGAAUUAAAUGAGCAUGUGGAGUUUGAAUCGCAGACAUACUAUGCUGCCUUUGCUGCUGAGCUGGAAGCCUGUGCCCAGCCAAUGUGGGGUCUUCUGUCACACUGCAAAAUUAGGGAAACACAGGAAUACACACGAAAUGUUGUCAGAUACUGCCUUGAAGCACUUCAGGACUGGUUUGAUGCUAUCAACUUUGUAGAUGAGCCAGCUCCCAACCAAGUUACUUUUCAUUUGCCACUGCACCGUUACUUUGCCAUGUUUUUAAGUAAGGCUGUCAAAUGCCAAGAGCUAGAUCUGGAUACUAUCUUGCCAGAUCAGGAGAUGCUGAUGAAACUAAUGAUUCACCCACUUCAAAUUCAGGCAAGUCUUUCUGAAAUUCACAGCAACAUGUGGGUUAGAAAUGGUCUACAAAUUAAAGGACAGGCCAUGACUUAUGUGCAGUCUCAUUUCUGCAAUUCAAUGAUUGAUCCUGACAUUUAUCUGCUGCAAGUCUGUGCCUCUAGGCUAGACCCAGAUUAUUUUAUUUCAUCCGUUUUUGAAAGGUUUAAGGUGGUAGAUCUGUUAACGAUGGCAUCACAGCAUCAAAAUACAGUUCUUGAUUCAGAGCAUGAAAGGUCCAUGUUGGAAGGAGCCUUAACUUUUUUGGUCCUUCUGUUAAGUCUUCGUUUACAUUUAGGAAUGACAGAUGAUGAGAUUCUCAGAGCAGAGAUGGUAGCCCAACUCUGUAUGAAUGACAGGACACACAGUUCAUUAUUGGAUCUCAUUCCAGAAAACCCCAAUCCUAAAAGUGGUAUUAUUCCAGGAAGCUUAAGCUUUGAAUCGGUCUUGUCAGCAGUUGCUGAUUUUAAAGCUCCUGUUUUUGAACCUGGAGGUUCCAUGCAACAAGGAAUGUAUACACCUAAAGCUGAAGUUUGGGAUAAGGAAUUUGACCCUGUCAUGGUAAUACUUCGAACAGUUUACCGUAGAGAUGUGCAGUCUGCAAUGGACAGAUACACAGCAUUUUUAAAGCAAAGUGGUAAAUUCCCUGGGAACCCAUGGCCUCCUUACAAGAAGAGAACACCACUCCACCCAAGUUACAAAGGUCUCAUAAAGCUUUUACACUGUAAAACCCUGCACAUUGUGCUGUUCACACUUCUUUACAAGAUAUUAAUGGAUCAUCAGAAUUUAUCAGAACACGUGCUUUGCAUGGUUUUGUAUUUGAUUGAGCUAGGGUUGGAAAAUUCUUCAGAACAAGAGUCAGAUGAAGAGGAGUCUGUAGGUGGACAAGAGCGUUGCCAUGAUAGUUGGUUUCCAGGUAGUAACUUGGUUUCUAACAUGCGUCACUUCAUUAACUAUGUCCGAGUAAGAGUACCAGAAACUGCUCCAGAGGUGAAGAGGGAACCACCUGCAAGUACGAGUUCUGAUGGUUUACCUUCAUCACAAAGUUCAAGGCGGAAGAGCCUCCAGAGAGAGAACUCGGGGACAGCUCAAGUGUUCAGUUUGGUCGCAGAACGUAGAAAGAAAUUUCAAGAGAUCAUCAAUCGGAACACCAGUGAGGCAAAUCAGGUGGUUCGACCCAAAACAUCAAUGAAAUGGUCAGCACCUGGUGCAACUCCACAGCUAACCACAGCCAUUCUAGAAGUCAAGGAAAGCAUACUCUCUUUGCUGAUUAAAUUGCAUCACAAACUGUCAGGAAGACAAAACUCUUACUAUCCUCCGUGGUUGGAUGAUGUGGAUGUUUUAAUCCACCCAGAAAUUCCAAGAUACUCUCAUGGUGAUGGAAUGACGGCAGUAGAAAGAAUUUUAUUGAAAGCUGCUGUACAGAGCAGGUUGAAUAAACGUAUAAUUGAAGAGAUAUGCAGAAAGGUGACACCUCCUGUACCACCAAAAAAGAUUAGUUCUGCAGAGAAGAAAACUUUGGAUAAAGAAGAAAGACGACAGAAGGCCAGAGAAAGACAACAGAAAUUGUUGGCUGAAUUUGCCUCAAGGCAGAAAAGCUUCAUGGAAACUGCCAUGGAUGUUGAAUCGCCAGAUGCUGAUAUUGCCAUGGAGGUAGCUACAUCAGAACAGCAUGUUUCUGAGGCAAUAUAUGAUUGUGUUAUUUGUGGACAAAGUGGUCCUUCUACUGAAGACAGACCUAUAGGAUUAGUUGUACUGUUACAAGCAUCCUCAG